UGCAUGAGCCGUUGUUAUGGGCGUGUUUUCCUUUGUGUGCAACUUCAGCUUUGUCAGUUCCUACUGCCACAGCAGAGUCUGCAGGUGUUGUUCAGGAUGAAGGAACUUCUGGGUCUGUAGGGCUACAGCUUAGAAGGGCUCAGUGGGAUCCAGGAAGAGCUAAGGGGCUCCACCAUCCAGGAGCCCCGCGACCUGGAGCGCUCCAGGAUGCCCCGGCACAACAGCGACGACAGGGGCUCCCUGGUGUCUCUGACGGAAGAGCAGGAGGAGCGGGAGGAGGACAGCAGGCUGCAGGAACAGAAAUUGCGGCGGUAUCGGCCGCUGAGGAACAGCUGUCCCUCCAUGACCCUUCCACUCACCAAGUCUGUUUCCAUGGUCACCAUCAGCCAUAAAGACAGUGAUGCGGUGGGACGCCUGAGACGCAAGAGGCGCAUUUCCUUCUCUUUCAACCUGUCCCCCAUCCUCACCAAAUCUAAGACUCAGUUCAUUUACGGGGACUCUUCGUCAAGUGACGAUGAAGAGGAGGAGGCGGAUGACUCGAGCUUGAGGUUGUUUUCCCACCCCUCCGGGUCGGUAGCUUACAGUAUAUCGGAGGAAGAGCCGGGGCCUUUGCGGAGCGACAUGGAGGGCAGGAACACGACCAAAGUCAGCCGGACCUUCAGCUACCUCAAGAACAAGAUGUACAAAAAGACGCGGGAAAAAGACAGAGACAAAAGGGACAAAGACAAAGAAAGCAAGGAGAAGGACAAGAAGGCCGUGAACGGACACAUUUUCACGCCUGUCAGCUCAAACCAGUUCCUCCAGUGCUCCCAGUGCAAUAAAGCUUUUAAUGGCAAAGAGGCAUUCUGUUGUACAUACUGUAAUGCAUCCGUCCACAAGGGCUGCAGGGACAGCAUGCCUGUUUGUGCCAACGUGAAGAUGAAGUUGCCCAAACAGCAGUUUACAGUGCCAGAUUCCAGCGCACCAUGCUCUGUUCCUGGCGUCACAAUGAGGAACAAAGCUGGUGGGACGAGGGACCGUCCCAGGUCAGCCAUCUUGAGCCCCGAAGACAAUCUUCCCCUGAUGAUGCCAGGAUCACGGAGACACACCAGCAUCAUGACGUUCCCUGGAAACAAUCUGUCAAAGAGCCUCUCGAUUAGCAACAUCGCAGGCCCAUUUGAUGACAUACCCAUCAAAGGCCUGCGCUACCUUUCUCAGUCCACAGACUCACUCAACAGAACCAACCAGGUCACAGAAUCCAUGGAGUCGCUCACUGAUGAAGGGACAGAGAUGAUGGACGCGCAGCUCCUGGGGGAGUUUGAGGCGAACGCCAAAGAGUUUGAAGCAGACUCAUGGAGUCUGUGCGUGGAGCAGCAGUACCUGCAGCAGCAGAACAAAGAGCUGGUCAAGAGACAAGACGUCAUCUACGAGCUGAUGCAGACCGAGAUGCAUCACAUCCGGACAUUGCGCAUCAUGUCAGAGGUGUACAGCAAAGGCCUGCAGAAGGAGGUGCCGCUGGACCAGCACACUGUGGAGAAGAUGUUUCCGGCACUGGACGACCUCCUGGACCUCCACUCACAGCUCCUCCAGCGCCUCCUGGACCGAAAGAGGGAGAGCCAGCUGGAGGGGGGAGGUUCGGAGGGCGGCUUCGUCAUCAGCAGGAUAGGAGACAUUCUGGUCAGCCAGUUCUCGGAAUCCAACGGCGAAAGUAUGAAGAGGGUUUACGGGAAAUUCUGCAGCCGCCACAACGAAGCCGUCAACGUCUACAAGGACCUCAUGAACAAGAACAAAAACUUUAAAACCUUCAUCAAAAAAAAGAGAAGUAGCAACACUGUGCGGAGGCUUGAUAUCCCAGAAUGCAUCCUGCUGGUGACCCAGCGGAUCACUAAGUACCCUGUGCUGAUCCAGAGAAUGCUGUCACACACUAAAGACAUGGACGAGGACUACGUCGACCUGAGCGAGGCCAUCCGGUUGGUGAAGGAGGUGAUCGCCGCCGUGGACAGCAAAGUGAACGAGCACGAAAAGAAGCGGCGCCUGAAGGAGUUCCACAGCCGCAUGGACAGCAAGUCCAUGAUGUUUCUGAAAAGCGGCCAGUUCUUCGCCAGGGAGGAUCUGCUGAGGCGGAAGCUGAUCCACGACGGAGCGCUGCAGCUGAAGAACACACAGGGAAGACUAAAAGACGUUCAAGCUCUCCUGCUAUCGGACGUUUUGGUCUUCCUUCAAGAGAAGGACCAGAAAUACGUCUUUGCCAUGAUGGACCAGCGCUCCACGGUCAUCUCCCUCCAGAAGCUGAUCGUCCGGGAAGUCGCCAACAAGGAGCGCGGCCUCUUCCUCAUCACGGCGGGCACCGAGAAGCCGGAGAUGAUGGAGGUGCUGGCCAGCUCCAAGGAGGAGCGCAACACCUGGAUGCAGCUCAUCCAGACCGCCAUGCAGUCCAUGGAGAAAGACGAGGACGAGGGGAUCCCCAGUGAGACGGAAGACGACAAAAGACAAUUAGAGAGCAAAGCCAAAGAGAUGAGAGAUAUGUUGAAGCAGAAAGAUACGGAGAUUAUGUCUCUGCUGGAGGAGAAGGUGCGGCUCUUCAGGGAGAUGUGGGAGGGCUUGAGCCCAGGCGAGGAGGCCUGCAGGCAGGUCGAGCCUUUCUUCCGGUCAGCCUGCAGCCAGGAGCCGCCUCAGGGGGCGUCCAUCAUGAAAGACGCCCUGCAGGAAGUGGAGACAUUGCAGGCGCUGGUGAAUGGCAGCCUGGGGGGAGCGAUGGCCAGCGUGCACGAGGGAGGAGCCGCCGGGCCCGUGUGCCUGCCCCGUCGGGCCGAGACGUUCGGAGGCUUCGACAGUCACCAGAUGCACGGCGGCAAGAGUGGAGACAGAGACGAGAGCGAGGACGCGGUGGGAGACCUGCGCAGGACGGAGUCGGACAGCGUUUUGAAGAAGGGAGGAAACGCCAACCUGCUGCAGCUGCUGAAGAGGAACAGUGAGCAGGUCCUGCACAGCGUCUCCAACCUGCAUCUCCUGCUCAGCACUCUGCAGGCGGUGGUGGUCCAGCAGGACAGCUACAUCGAGGACCAGCGGCAGGCCCUGAGCGAGCGCUCCUCCUCGUGCUCGUCGCUGUCGCGCCAGUCGUCGCGGCCCAGCUCGCUGAUCGAGCAGGAGAAGCAGCGCAGCCUGGAGAAGCAGCGGCAGGAGCUGGCCUCCCUGCAGAGGCAGCAGGCCUCUCUGGCCGAGGAGAAGCGGAGGAGGGAGAGGGAGUGGGAGCUGAGGGAGCAGCAGCUCUCCGACAGAGAGUCCACGGUGCACCUGCAGGAGGAGGAGGUGCAGAAGCAGCACAAGCAGCUCGAGGAGGAGAGGAAGGAGCUGCAGAGCAAGAAGGAAGAGUACCAGAGAGACCUGGAGAGGCUGAGAGACGCCCAGAGGAAGCUGGAGAAGGAGAGGGAGGCUGUGCAGCGGCAGAUCCACAGGAUGGAAGAGCUGCGGCUGUCUGAGAGGACUCCCUCCACGACGUCCGACGAAUCCCUGUUCCUGGGCAGCUCCCAGUCCCUGGAGCUGGACCCCCUGGAGCUCUCCUCCUCCUCGUCUUCGUCCUCCACCCUGCCCAGGCUGCAGCCCCAGCGCUCCAAGGCCAGCAGGAAGGGCCUGAACCCGUUCACCUCGUCGUCCUCCGGCAGCCUCAAGAGCUCCGAGACCAACAGCCAGAUCUCCAAGGGCUUCCUGCAGCUGGCCAAGACCAAGAACAAAGACGGGAAGAAGAAGAAGAAGAGCAAAGGUGGCAGCGCACAGGCGGCAGACCCUCAGCAUGUUCCCGAGCCCCCCAUGGACGGAGAGAUCUUCUUCUGCUAAGACUCUGCGGCGGCGGCUCCAUCGUCGCUCUCGACAGCCCGGAGUCGACGUGUCCCUGCGCACUUUCUCAGUACGACAUGUAGCACAGACUGCCCCUCCGUUUGGAUUUUCGUUUAGAGGUGCAACCAAGAAGCCUUUUUGUUUUUUGUUUUUCCGAGGCUGGUACCGCUUCUUAUGUUCGGCUCAUUCCCAGAUUCUUUAUGGAAUGUAAGCGAUUGAAGAAGUAAUAAAAACACACAGGAAAAAAAAAAUUAAAAAAAUGUGCUGCAGUUUGAAUCUGAUAGAGAAAUGACAUUAUGUGUCAGAGCACAUGUUCCAGCUUUAUUCAUCGGGACUUCGCUGUAAAAGUGCACCAAACUGGGAGAGACAUUUAAAGGCCUGAUAGAGAAACUUAGUUUUUAUGGAAUUGAGGAAUUUAUGUUUAAGAAAAAAAGGAAAAACUGGGGAUUUGACAUCACCAAUCAGAGUCAAUCAAAAGAACAUGGGACAAUUGCCACAACUCUGACCAAUUGAUCAGUGCAUCCCUACUUUUAAUUUAAAGUGAAAACCACUGAUUUUAUUCUGUUGUCUCCACAAGCUAGACCCCUUUUUUUUUUCCAGCAUGCACACAAACGCCCAGUCAAUCCAAACGCAAACUAGAUCAAAAAGACUUUUUUUUUAGUCUAGUUUCUAGUACUAAUAUCUUAGUACAAUCGAAUUAAGACGAAACUAACUCAUGAGUAAAUUUUCAGCAAGAUAUAAGAGCUUGUAUUAAGUCAUCUAUUCCUUAAUAUUGAUGAAAAACGUGCCGGUUCCACUAUCAGGUUAUUUCACAUAACAUGGGAAACACAUCUUGUUCCAAGUUAAAUAAACUUGCUGAAAAGUUACUUGUAAGUCAGUUUAGUCUUAUUUCAUGUGUACUAAGAUAUUUCCACUAAAAACUAGACCAAAGUAACUUGGUAAGAUUUUGUGUUUUUGCAGCGCAGGAGCAGAUUAGCGUUCUCGACACUGAUCACUUUCGUUUGCGGUUAAUCGACGACUGGGAAAAAAAAAAAAAAA